ACUUCUUUAAGCUUCAUCGUGUCUUCAAAUUUCCGACGUGCAGUUCCAAUAUCCUGUCGUGUGAGAAAAGCUUCUAUGAGGUGAUUGAUCUAUUUCACAACUCGUCUGUGAUUUAACCGUAGAAACAGCUGAUUCGAAGCGAAGUGACAAAAUCUGAUAACGUAUAUUUACCACUUGUUUUUUAUCUAUUUAAUAUCAGGUAACUCAGGAGUGUUAAACAAUUAAUUGUUAAGUGGAAAAUGUAUUACCGAAAAAGGGGACUCUUAGAAAAUACUGAAUUUCGAUUGAUUGUGCCCUAUUAUAAGGGUUUUCAGCUUUGUUUUCAUUUUACAUUUGGCCACCUGUGAAUUAGUAUCAUAAUAGUUAUAGUAACUCUAAUUAAGAAUGGCAAAUAAUGAAAAAAUGUUUGUCUGUUCCUCAUCUGAUUGCAACAUGAGUUUCACAAAUGAGGAUCAAUUAACAGUGCACAAAAAAAAGCAUGAUAUGAUGUUAAAUCUGGGAAGCAGUUCUAAGAAUGGAGGGUUUGUUGCUGAUCAAACACCAACACCAACCAGGUUCAUUAGGAACUGUGAAGAAGUUGGGUUGUUUCAAGAUUUACAAAAUGUCAAUCCAUUCGAAGAAACAUUCAGGCGAGCUGUGGAAUCAGGGAAUACUGGUGCCCUUACAGUACCAGAGGCUGGAAUCACAGACGAUACAUUGCAUACACCACAUAUAUUUCCUCAUAUAGCAGAUGUACUAUCUACAAAUAAUCAAAUGCUCUCUGAAAAUACUGUGCAAGAAUGUAAUAGUAUUUCCAUUAUUGAAAAAAAUGCAUCAGAAAAAUCAGUAAUUGAUUCUGAGGUUUGUACUAGCGUGAAACUCUCAGAAACAGAUGAGCAGAGUCUAAUGAAAGACAAGCUAACUAUUGACAGAAGUGUAACAUUAACAGAAAGUAUUAUUGAUCAAGUUACACAUACACCAAUAAUGUCAAAACUUUUACAAGACCAAACUCCACAAUUAUCAAUAAAUGGCGAGGAAGUGCAGCUACUAUUAAAAACGUCUGAUGGAAAGUUAAUGCAACUAUCGGCGAUUCCAAUUUGCGAUUCGAUUUACACGAAUACCGCGCAAUCUUUAAAACAGCAAACAGUUGUUAUAAAGACAGACCCACCUUUACAAUGUACUGGAAAAGUAGAGGCUAAAAAAUCCACGGUUUCUACGCUAACUUUAGCAAAAAUGAAAUUGAAACAGACUCUAACAAAAAGUACCGAAUUGCAACAUUUGAAAUCAAACAAUAAUUCUGGGAAGAAUAAUGAGUUAAAUAGUUUAAAAAAAGAGAAUCGAAGUAAAACGAUGGAGGACCACGUGAAAAAGAAUCAGAUUCUUGAACGUAAUCGUGCGAGUUCAAUGCGGGCAAGGGCGAAAAGGAAAGCGUGGAUACAACAGCUCCAGAGGACGGUCGCCAACGUGAAUGAGACAAACGUAGCUUUGCAAAUGGAAAUAAAGGUCUUGCGUUCAGAAGUUGCAAAGUUGAAAACACUUUUAUUAGCUCAUAAAGAUUGUCCCGUUACCAGGGCGAUGCAGAAAGGAAAUGGUAUAAUACUCGGCCCUAAAAUAAUAUCAUUAAACUCAGACACAAUAAAUAAUUCGGCUUCAAUAGGAACUUCGAUGAAACGAACGGCAUUUUCUUCUUCCGAAGUGCCUAUCAUGCCAAAGAAAAAACUGUCAAUGGCGCACUCAAAGAACCCUGUCAUUUUCCCGAGAAUGGACUGCAAUACAAACCUAUCAGUUUCCAAUGCAGCAUUAAUUAAGACAGUACCCGCGCUCAAAAUUAUGGGAGUGGGACAGCUUUUGGAGAAGGAAGAAACGAAGCCGAUUUUGAUCGUUCAAAAUUCACCUAGAAAAAUUGAUAAUCCUAGGCAAAUAAUUCAAUUAAAUCCUAAUUACGAGCUAGAACAAAACGCGUCGAAAAGCAAUACAACGUAAAUACAACGUUCUAAAACUUUGCUCAAGUGAAGAAAAGACAAGAAUAAUUGUUGAUUGAUCAUUGUUAAAAUAUGUUUUCAUAUAAAGGAAGAUACAGCACAAUUACGUGUACGUAUAUCUGUGAAGAGGAUCUUUUACUAUUUAUUUAUUAUAAUAAAAGAAAAUAUUUUGUAAUAGCGUUUCUAUCUAUUCU